AUGGCUCUGCGUAUGUGGAUUUUGCAGCUCAUGAGGCUGGAGAUACAUUUGUGUCUGGUCAUUAUUCUUUUCUCUGUCACGGCGGAUCGCAGCAUCAAGUUCAUAGCCGGCGAGAGCCGAUUCAACCGAGAAUACUUUGAGAACUUCAGCUUCUCCAUUCGCAACGAUCAGGUCUUCCUGGACAUGUACCUGCGGAAGCCCCUGCACAGAGGCUGGAGGGCCAGGCUGGAUUUCCGAACCCGCGUGGGAAACACGAAGAGCUUCCAGAGCCGUUUCUCCACCAACGUCGACGUGUGUCACAUUGUGAACGCGGCCCGGAUCAACCUGUUCAGGAAGUGGUACAAGAACCUGCUCAAGUACGGCAACUUCCUCCGCCAGUGUCCGCUGAAUGCGAGCCACUACUACUUGAGGGGCUGGCGGUUCGGGGAGGGUCUAGUGCCGCCGUUCAUAACUAGUGGGUCGUACCGACUGGAGACCUACAACUUUUUCGGAGGGUACAAGGGCAAAGAUGAGGACUUCAUAAUGAGCUGUACGGCCGAUGCUGUCAUACAUAUCUGA